UUUUUAAACUUCAAAAAAAUUUUUUCAGAAAAACAAUCAAUUACGUCUUCUACUAAUCAAAAACAACCUUUGGACGACGAAUUUAUUAAAAAUUUAAUUAACGACGAGAAAGUACCUGCCUAUGCUAGGGCUAUAAUUGAAUUAUUAGCUAAUGAUCUUUCCCUUUUGACAACAGAAAAAUUAGCUAUUUUAAAAGCUAUUGGAAAGGAUCGUUACAAACAAUUGGUUGGAAGGGGAGAAUGCUCGAAGAAGAUAGUGGUUGGAUGCCCGAUAUGUUAACCAUUCUUUGCAUUUUUCUCUUUGUUUUUGUAAUACUUUACGCUUUGCGUCAAUGGAUUAAAGGAGCACAAUUUACUGAGAAAAUUAGUGCUAGAGGAAGAGUUGCUAUUAUAACAGGAGCAAAUUCUGGAAUCGGUAUGCAAUUAGUUAGGGAACUUAAUUUGCGUUAUGUUAAGGUUUAUUUGGCUUGUAGACGUGUGUCAAGUGGAAAUGAAGCAGCGAGGGAAUUAUUUUCACGGUAUGGCUGUGAUAUGACUCGAAUGAUUGUUCGCCAUCUUGAUUUGGCAGACUUUAGUUCUGUCCAUCGCUUUGUAGAGGAAUUUAAUAGAGACGAAGAAAAGUUGGAUAUAUUAAUUAAUAAUGCUGGAAUUAUGUUCUAUCCGAAAUACCAAAAGACGGUUGAUGGGCAUGAAUUAACCUGGCAGAGCAAUCAUUUGGGUCAUUUCCUCCUAACCGAAUUAUUACUUCCCAAACUUGAACGUUCUGAAGAAGGAGGCCGCAUUAUUAAUUUAAGCAGCGCUUUGCAUUUGUUUGCAGACAGUGUUGAUCCAGAAAUUGUUGAUUCUCCCCAGCAUUUUGGGCGAUGGAAUAAUAAAACUUAUGCUCGGUCUAAAUUGGCUAACAUAAUGCAUUGUGUUGAAUUAACCCGUCGGAUUCGUUCAUUUAACAGUGCUUCAAAAGUAACGGCUAAUGCUUGCCAUCCUGGAAGUGUUGAUACUUCUCUAUUUAGAGCUGAAUUUUAUCAAAAAUAUCUAAAAGCUUUAGUUUCUCCGAUUAUUUGGUUUCUUUUGAAAACGUCACAAGAUGGCGCCCAAACUCCUCUCUAUUUGGCAUUAAGUAAAAAAGUUGCUGGUGUUUCUGGAAAGUAUUUUAGUGAAUGUAAAGAAUCCAAAAAAGUCCAUCCAAUGGUGUCUGAUCCCACAGCUUGUGAAAUCCUCUACAAUAAUAGUUUGGAACAGUGUUUAUUGGAUCGAUCAAGUAUUGCUUUGGAUUGA